AUGCCCCAUAAAGCCAUCUGGAUCGACAGCUUUAACCAGCUCUCAAUCCGGGAAAUCAAAGAGAACUAUGCUCCACUGGAGGCAGAGACACUCAUCAAAGUGUCGUUCAGUGGUAUCAACCCUGCUGAUCUGAAACACGGAAUAUACAUGGGGGUCAACGACAACGUGGCCGGUUAUGACUUCUCUGGGACCGUUAUCAAAGCAGGUCCUGGCUCUCGAUUCACAGCCGGGGAUAAGGUCGCAGGUCUUACCCCUGCAAUGAACCCUCGCCCCCAUAAGAAUGGAGCUCAUCAGCAGUACCUCAUCGCACCUGAUCUGACAGUGUUCCCUGUGCCGGAGCAUGUAUCCAUGGAGCUUGCCGCGACCCUUGCAGUUGCAACGCGUACAGCAAUCGAUGCUCUCUUUUGUGUGUUGGGCCUUCCCGAGCCCGGUUCGAAGUCAGAAAACCCCGGUGCACUUCUGAUCUGGGGAGGUGCCAGUGGUGUAGGAACAGCGGCGAUACAGCUAGCCUCUGCCGCUGGAAUCAGUCCUAUUCUUGUCACUGCUUCACCACAAAACCACGAGGCCUUGAAGAAGUUCGGGGCAACACAUUGUUUCAAUUAUCGCGAUGAGGACGUGGUAGAUCAGAUCAAGCUCUUAAUGUCUAAAUCUGGAAAACCUCUUACCUACGCCUUUGAUACCAUUGGCAAUGUUGGAUAUGCGCACAUGUCCGAUCUGUGCUUCUCAAGCUGCUCUACAGGUGCGAAGGUUGUGUCCACGAUUCCUCAUGGUAAAGCUCUCAAAUGCUUUGCAACAACCGCCACCGACUUCUCUUUCGAGAGCCCUAAUGGCAGAGUCACGUUCGCGGCUCGACUAGCCGAUGCGGAGCGAACUUCCCGAAUCUUGGAAUGGGCUGUGACUUCACUGAAAUCUUUUGCAAUGCCAACCCUGAGGACGGUUUCUGGGUAUGAGGCUGGUAUUGAAGCUAUUUUGGAAUCUGCUAAGGGAACUGCGAGCUUCGAGAAGGUUGUAGUGGCACAUGAUACUGUUUAA